AUGCUGCGCUUGCUGCUAGCGCUUUUGCUCGUAGCAGUACAGGCUCUGACAUGUCCGACAAGAUGUUCAUGUACAACGAAUACUGUAAUCUGUACAGGAUUGAAUCUCACGAAAAUUCCAAGUGGAAUACCGACGGAAACACAUAGACUAGAUCUACAAGAAAAUCGGAUCUCUGUAAUUCGAAGAGAUGAUCUUCGACAUUUGAAGCAUUUGAAAAUUUUACAAUUAAUGGACAAUCACAUUCAUUCCAUAGAAGAAGGAGCUUUUAGCGAGUUAGAAGCUCUGGAACGAUUGAGAUUAAAUCGAAAUCGUCUACGACUUCUUCCGGACCGAAUAUUCGCAGAAAAUAAGAAUCUACACCGAUUGGAUCUCAGCGAGAAUUUUCUCACCACAAUCACAGAUGAUCAGCUACAAGGCCCGAAAAGUAUGCAUAAUUUGCAGCUGGACAGGAAUUCGCUAGUGUGCCUCGAAACGGCAGUGAUCUCAACAUGGAAUUCUUUGGAAAUUUUCACUCUUAACGGAAACAAUCUCACCACCCUUGGUGAGAUUGAAAUGAUGCCAAAUCUGAGGCUAUUUCGUCUUGGCGAAAAUCCGUGGCAUUGCGAUUGUCGUUUGAAGUGGAUGAAACGGACGUUGAGUGGGCAAUCGGCAAGUUUGGUUAAAUGCAUGAGGCCAGCGUUUUUACAAGGGAGAACUAUGGAUUUGCUGGAUGAAUCGCUUAUGAAAUGCUCUGGAAUCGAAAAACGUGCCACAGUUUCGUGCGCAGAUGCCCAUGUAUGCCCUCCAGCGUGCACAUGUACGGACACAACCGUGGAUUGUCGCGACAGAGGUCUUACGCACAUUCCAGCCAAUCUACCCAGCUCUACUACAGAAUUGCGUCUCGAACAAAACCAGAUCACCUACGUCCCACCGAAAGCUUUCCAAAACUUACGAAAUCUAAAAAGAUUAGAUCUCAGCAAAAACAGCAUUAUCGAAGUGGCUCCUCGAGCUUUUCAAGGACUACAUACUCUAAACUCUUUAGUGCUCUACGGAAAUAAUCUCACCGAACUACCAGCGGAAGCUUUCGAUGGUCUAAAAAGCCUACAACUUCUUCUUUUGAAUGCAAAUCAGCUACAGUGUAUCCGUAGAGGGACUUUCGAUCCCCUAACGGAGCUCAAUUUGCUCUCGUUAUAUGAUAAUCAAAUAAAGUCCAUUAGUAAUGAGACUUUUCAUAAGUUGACGAAAUUGCAAACAUUGCAUUUGGCAAAGAAUCCGCUAAUCUGCGAUUGUAACUUGGAAUGGUUGGCUGAGCUCCAAGAAGCGAAAAAUAUCGAGACAAGUGGAGCAAGAUGUGAGGCGCCAAAAAGGGUUUCUCGAAAACGUUUCGCUGCUUUGCCUCCUACUAAAUUUCGAUGCAAAGGAAUUGAGGCCUAUCAAACUCAACGAGCCGACGAAUGCUUCAUCGACGUUGACUGUCCGGCACAGUGUACAUGUCAUGGCACAGUUGUUGAUUGCAGCAACAGGGGCUUGACGGAGGUUCCGAACGAGAUUCCCCACUUUGCAACAGAAUUGUACCUCAACCGAAACAGAAUCUCCGUAAUCGAUGCGGCUUCUGGAUUGUCGAAGCUCCAAAAUCUGCUGAAACUGGACCUCUCACACAACAGCAUCAUAGCCGUCGAGGAAGGAAGUCUUGCAGACAUGAGAGCUUUGCGUGAUUUAAAUCUCUCACAUAACAAACUUCGGCAUUUCUUCAGUGCUGUGCUCGGUUCGACAAACAUUCUGGAAGUACUUUCUCUUGGUUCGAAUCAGUUGCAAUGUCUAACACCAGCUACUAUCGGAAACCUAACACAACUACGUUUUAUUUCGUUGUCAAAUAAUCAACUCAAAUGCAUCACACCAAAUACCUUUGAAGGCUUGACGCACUUGCGUACUUUGCAAAUUGGUGGCAAUGAUCUUCCUUGCGACUGUCAAGUACUACCAUUAGUGGAGUGGAUGAAGGCUAACUCGUCCAGAAAUGUCGAAGCUGGUCAAUGUACUCGUCCAGCGGAGAUGCUCGGAAAGAAUUUGGACGAUCUCAGGAAGGAAGAAAUGAAGUGCUCGGAUAUCGUUGAAAGUGCUUGCGCAGGUAAUGGAGACUACUGUCCAGUGGGAUGCACUUGCCAGGACACAGUUGUCCGAUGCUCAAAUAAGGAUCUGACAACAUUUCCAUCAGCCAUACCAGCUGAUACCACUGAACUUUUCCUGGAUUCGAAUGCCAUUGAUGAGAUACCUAUCGAUCAAAUCAGCAGGCUCAGUAACUUGAUCAAACUGGACAUGUCCCACAACCGUGUAGAAUCUAUAGAAGACGGUACAUUUGCCAAUCUAACCAAGUUGUCUACACUGAUCCUCUCAUACAACAAACUGAGGUGUUUACAACCACGAGCCUUCAUAGGGCUCCAUUCGUUGAGAAUCUUAUCCCUUCAUGGAAACGAUAUUUCACUUCUACCAGAAACCGCAUUUGAGAGUUUGGGUAAUAUCACUCAUAUAGCAGUGGGCAGUAAUUCUCUGUACUGUGACUGUAGAAUGGAAUGGUUCUCCAGAUGGAUUAAAUCCAAAUUUGUCGAAGCUGGUAUAGCUCGAUGUGUAGCCCCCCAAAGUGUUGCCAAUCAGCUCCUUCUCACAGCUCGAUCUCACCAAUUUCAAUGUGGAGGUACGGUACCAGCAGCGGUAUCUGCCAAAUGCGAUGCUUGUGUGACUCAACCAUGUAAAAAUGGUGCCAGAUGUGAAACCACGAGUGGACGAGAUUACCGCUGCCAUUGUGCCGCUGGUUAUCAUGGAAAAAAUUGCGAGAAUGAGAUUGAUGCCUGUUAUGGGCAUCCAUGCCUGAACAAUGCACUUUGCAAGGUAAUUCAAGAGGGUCGCUUCACGUGCGUUUGCCCAAAAGGAUUCAAAGGCGAUUAUUGUGAAGUAAACAUUGAUGACUGUGAGAAAAAUAAAUGCCAAAAUGGAGCAAGAUGCAUAGAUAUGAUCAACUCUUACCGCUGUGAAUGCGGACCUAUGUUUGGGGGCAAAUACUGUGAAGAGAAGCUGGAGUACUGUAGUAAACGAUUGAACCCUUGCGAGAAUGGAGCAAAAUGUCAUCGAGUGGGAACUGAUUAUAGAUGCGAAUGCUUGCCAGGUUUUGUUGGUCGUAAUUGCUCUACGAAUGUUGACGAUUGUGAUGGUCAUCGAUGCAAAAACGGUGGAAUUUGUGUGGACGGGAUAACAACAUACUCUUGUCAAUGUGUUAUGGGCUUUUCUGGCCAAUUUUGUGAAAUUCCGCCCAUGGUGAAUGCUCUUUACCCAAACACAGCUCAGUGUCAUAGUUUGUUGUGCGGUCACGGUUCAUGCUACACCAAUGAAAAUAUGAGCGAGUAUGAAUGCAGAUGCCACGAGGGUUACGCUGGAGACAAAUGUGAUCGAAUACGAUCUAUUGGCCUUCACUAUCCCUCUGCUUAUGUGGCCCUUGAGCCGUGGGCCAUUGAGCAGGGAAAUCUGACAUUUACUAUUAGAACAAGCAAUGAGAGCGGCUUGAUCGCUUACUAUGGAGAUGACAGCUUUAUAUCUGUUGAGCUUUAUGAUGGUCGGAUAAAGAUUGCUUUCUAUAUUGGCAACUAUCCAACAAGUCACAUGUACAGUUAUGUCACAGUAAACGAUGGCUUGGCACAUCGAAUCGAGAUCAUCGUACAAGAAAAGAAAUGUUCUUUGACAAUUGAUGACCAGCCGGUACAAUCAGUUGAGAAUGAUGGAAGGCUAGAAAAAUUUUCUAUACACACGAAACAAUAUCUGUAUAUCGGUGGAUUGCCUGCGACUAGAGCUGCUGCUGUAAAAUCUCUUUUUCAUGUGAAAGAAACUCAUAGUUUCAAAGGCUGCAUUAGCGAUGUCUUUGUGAAUGAUGCGGCUGUGGAUUUUGAAAAUGCUAUAGAAAAAGAAAAAAUAACGCCUGGUUGCGCAAGUGUUGUUGAUCUCUGUGCAGGAGUGAAUUGUGGUAGAGGAAGCUGCGAAACAAACGCGACAUCAAGUCGUGGUUUCAGUUGCCGCUGUGAGCAAGGUUUUGCUGGAGAAUUUUGCCAAAACCGAAUGAUCACGUGUAAUAAGGAGAAAUUCCGAAGACAUCAUUAUGAGGGAGAUUGCCGAUCUGUAGAUAUGGUUAAAAAUGCCGAAUGUGUCGGUUACUGUGGAGAAGGAGAGAACUGCUGUGCAGCUGUAAAAACAAAACGAAGGCGGCUAAAAAUGACUUGCCGCAAUGGGCAAAUAAAACACACCAUAGUCACGAUUGUUCGCAAAUGCCAAUGUUCAAAUACAUGUCGAGCCAGAACGUAUCGUUCUUUGCUAACUAGGCGAUGAAUUCACAACAAUAAUUGAUAAUCUA